UCACAGAAACAAACACAAGUACGUACUUGCGGAGCGGAGCGGAUUUUAUCAGAUCAGAGAGAGAUAGAUAUACAGGCAGGCCAGCAGUUUAAGUUGUGGGAAGUUUGGAGAUCGAAUAAGAAUGGGAGGAGAGUCGUCGUCGACAUCGGUGAUGGUGUACCGGGAGUUAGACAGGAAAUCAUCAAUAGAGAAUGAACCUAGGACGCUGAAUAUCCAUCAAAUCCAAUUCGCUAGGGAGGCUGCACUUUCUGUGUUGAGCACUACGAGUAUUGAAGAAGCUCUCAGAAUUUUCACCGAGGGGUUAGAGCCGGUAGUUAGUUGUGUACACGACAAUAAUGAAGACGACAAGGACGAGAUGAUGAUGAUGAUGGAGUAUGAAGAAGAUGAAGAGGAAGAGGAGGGUUCAUACAACUUGUUGAGAAUUCCAUCUGCCUUAAGAGACAUUGCAUCUGCGCCUUUCUAGUCUAGGCUUGGCUUUUAUACAUACAUACAUACAUAACAUUCCUUCAUAUUAUAUUAUUAUUUAUUUAUUAUUAUUCUAUUCUAUAAGAAGACAAAAAGAAUAGUACAACAUGUACAGGCAGGAUCGGUACGUUUUCCUACCACUGCACUUUUUCAUU